UUACUCAGGGUGCUUCAAGAUCCUGCCGAUCAGCAGCUGGGUUGGCAUACUCCUGCUACAUCUAUAUUAGUAGUUAAAAAGGAUAUGGAUGAUACAGUUACUGAAGAAUUUAAGGCAAUUGUCCAAUGGCUUCUAGAGGAAAGGAAGCUGAAAGUAUAUAUAGAGGAAUCUGUUAAACAUCAACCUGGCAUCGUUGAUGAUCAUCAUUUCCGCAGCACAUUGCAAAAUUUACUAACAAUUAAUAUUGAAAUAGAUGACUAUAAAUUGGAACUGGUUGACCUAGUGGUUUGCCUUGGUGGCGAUGGCACUUUUCUACACGCAUCAUCUCUUUUUCAACAAAAUGCGCCUCCUGUAAUUGCUUUUAGUCUUGGGACCCUUGGCUUUUUAACUAAAUUUAAAAUAAGCGAUUUCAAAUCGGUUAUUGAUAAAGUAUUGGAUGACAAUCCUCGAGUAGCAUUACGUAAUCGCCUCACGUGCGAAAUUCAUUUUAGUAAGAAUAAAACAGUAGAGAAACAUGCUGUAAGUCAAGUUCUAAAUGAGAUUGUUGUCGAUCGUGGACCAUCAGCUUUUUUAACUAAUCUUAAUAUCAUCUGUAACGAGCGACAUAUAACGAACAUUGAAGGCGACGGGCUGAUUAUUGCUACUCCAACUGGCAGCACCGCCUAUUCUCUUGCAUCCGGAGGUUGCAUGGUCCAUCCGUGUGUCCCAUCAAUAUUAUUUACUCCAAUUUGCCCUCAUGCGUUGUCAUCGAGACCAGUUAUUUUACCCGCCGGAGUGCAAUUAAAAAUUCAAACUUCCGAGAAUGCUCGAGGACCAAUGUGGAUCUCAGUAGAUGGUCGAUCACGUCAACAAUUAUCUCCUGAUGAUUAUAUUUGCAUCACUACUUCCAUUCAUCCUCUAGCAUGUAUUUGUGCCAACGAUCCAGUUGAGGACUGGUUUAUAAGUAUUAGCGAUUGUUUACAUUGGAAUAUGCGCCAUCGACAACGAUAA